CAAGCCAACGAUGACGACAAGACCUAUUACGUCAUCGAGAAGGAGCCCUUGGUCAACACCUACAUCUCGGUCCCCAAGGAGAACAGCACCCUCAACUGCGCCGCCUUCACCGCCGGCUUGGUGGAGGCCGUCCUGACCGCCAGCGGCUUCCCCGCCAAGGUCACCGCUCACUGGCACAAAGGCACCACCCUCAUGAUCAAGUUCGAGGAGGCCGUCAUCGCCCGGGACAAGAGCCUGGAGGGGCGCUGA